UCAUUAAAAAUAGCGGAGAGGGUGUGAGAGAGUGCGGUCGGAGAGGGCUGCGUGAGCCCCGUAUUUCGAUCCAUGUCCUCAUCCGGGACCGACUCAACUUUAGGAUACUUUGACAGCAUCGUGGCUCCUUCCAAGCGUGUUUACCAAGUUUUUUUUUUUUUUUUAAUUGUAUUUUUAUGUAAUCUAUAGGCUAUAAAAUCAUUUUGAUUCCAUAUCUGAAUAGAUGUAUUGCCAGUCAACGUAUCUUUAUGAAGCACUCAACUAUUUGUGAAUUCCUCUGGGAAAAACAGGUGUUAAAAAUCUGCGGAUUCAAUACAAACGAAGGCAAACAUUUGUUACAAAGUUGCAAUUUAGCGUUUGGAUAGGAACAACACAGGAAGAGGUCUUGAAGACGGAUGUAACUCCAUGACCAAUGUCGCGCGCGGUAACGAAUUUAUGAUUUGACAAAUGUUGCUCCCAACAUUGUGACAGUAGUACUUUCCUCUACGUGUUUUGGAUUGUCUUCUAAAUUCAACAAAUUGGACCAGUAGCCUAAUUAUCGGUCAGAAACCAAGACAUGGGGACUCAGGGCACCGGACGAAAAAGAAAUCCCAAUAAAGACAGGUCGACGGCCGAGGAUGAUGCCCUUAAUCUCAUAUCAAGAGAGGCAGAGGCCAGGCUGGCAGCAAAGAGGGCGGCCAGGGCAGAGGCCCGAGAAAUCCGUAUGAAGGAGCUGGAGAGACAACAGAAAGAGAUCUAUCAGGUUCAGAAGAAAUAUUACGGCUUGGACAACAAAUCAGACAAAAUAGACAGCGAAUGGGGACACAUCGAGCAAUGGAUGGAGGACAGUGAGAGGUACUCACGCCCCACACAGAGACAUACUUCGAUCUCAGACGAUGAUGAGCGGAUGUCUGUGGGCAGCCGAGGCAGUGUGAGGGACAAGAAGUCCAAGAAAAAGAAGAAACACAAAGAUCGUGACAGCUCCAGACUCGGUGAUGAGAGCACUAGCAGGGUCUCUCGCUCGUCCAGACUAGAUCUGCAGCCGGUGGAGGACCGAGAUUACCUAGAAAAGGGAUCUCGAGCCGCUUCCACCCUAUCGGCAGCCACCCUCGCCUCGCUGGGCGGGUCUUCCUCCCGGGGAGAAAGUGGUGAAACGUCCAUCACUGGCGACACAGAAACCUCCAUACGAGAGAUCAAGGAGAUUCAUGAGCUGAAGGAUCAGAUCCAAGAUGUGGAGUCAAAGUACAUGCAGAGCCUCAAAGAAGUCAAGGAUACCUUAGUGGAGGUGGAGGAGAAGUACCGCAAGGCCAUGGUGUCCAACGCCCAGCUGGACAACGAGAAGAACAACCUGAUGUACCAGGUGGACACGCUGAAGGACUCGCUCAUGGAGCUGGAGGAGCUGCUGUCCGAGUCACGCCGCGAGUACGAAGGGAAGAGCAAGGACUUUGAGCGUGAGAAACAUGCCCACGGCGUGCUGCAGUUCCAGUUCAAGGAGAUGAAGGAAACGCUAAAACAGAGCGAGGAGUUACUAACAGAGAUCCGUCAGAUGCGUCUCAAGCAGGACGGCUUUGUUAGGGAAAUCUCUGACCUGCAGGAAACCGUGGAGUGGAAGGAUAAAAAGAUUGGGGCCUUAGAACGGCAAAAGGAGUAUUCGGAUGCCAUCCGAAAUGAGCGGGAUGAGCUCAGGGAUGAGGUGGUCCAGCUGAAAGACAUUCUGAAGAAACAUGGAAUUGUCCUCAGACCUGACCUGACUGCCAAUGGGGAAACGCUGGAGUUGGGAACUGAAGGGUCAGCCAGUGGAGAUCCAGCUUCUCAAUUGGCUCAGGACUCCCAGACGUCGCCCUUGGAAGGGGGGAACAGCAUGCUUGGCAGAGCUCAGGAGACGGAGUUGGGAAGUAGAGGAGAUAAGGUGGUGGAUCCAGGAAGGUCCAGGCAGCAAGAGGAUGCACACGAGGAGGAGGCUCAAGAGAACCAUCUGACCUCGCCCACCCCCUGUAGCCUUGUUGGUGUUUCUGAAACAGAAACCUCAAGGGAGGCUCAGCCAUUCCCGCCCACAUUGGGGGAAGAGGUUGAAAUUGAAGGCAGUGAUGUCAACAAAGACUCCGACAAUGGCAUACCAGUAGUAGAGGUCAAACGUGGACCGGUCUGUGAUUCUGAGGUACUUGUGGUUGUAACAGGUCCUGAGGAAGAGGUUACAGUAGCGGUGGAGGGGUAUGAAGCAGCAGGUGUAGAGGGGACAGGGCAAGGAAGAGUAGAGGUUGCAAGUGAAGGGGAAAUGGGAAUAAAAAAUGACAAGGCAGAUGAGGCAGAGACCGAAGUUGUCAAGAGCAGUGACGACACCAAAGAGACGUCCUCAAAAGAGCCUACCUCAGAAUAUGGUGCAGCAGCUGAACAAGAGAAAAACGAAUCGAGUAAAGACGUGAAAUGUUUAGACUCAUAUCCUCUGCCUAGGGAAACCAUUGAGGACACCAUGAAAAAUGUCACACAGAUUAGCCAAGGGACAGACCUUGAUACUAGUGAGAGCCCAAUCAAAUCAAACCCUGAGCCUCAGAAAACAAAAAAGGCUGAAGCGUUACCAGAGAUAACUGACCUGCAGCCACAGGCCCAAGCAGGCAACAAGAAGAAGAAAGGCAAGAAGAAGAAGAAGGGAGAGACACAAAGCGAUGUAAUGCAGGAAGACCAUAAGAAGAGCACAACAGAAACGUGUGUAGUCUCCAUGACAAAUGGCACACAGAUUAGCCUAGGGACAGGCCUUGAUACUCCUAAGAGCCCAGUCAAAUCAAACCCUGAGCCUCAACCUGAGCCUCAGAAAACAAAAAAGGCAUGUGUGUUGCCAGAGACCACUGACAUGCAGCCACAGUCCCAAGGAGGCAAAAAGAAAAAGAAAGGCAAGAAGAAGGGAGAGAAACAAGGUGAUGAAACGCAGGGAGAUAAGAUGAGCACAACAGAAGAGGAUGUGGUCUCCACCCCAAGCGAUAAGGAGUCAGUAGAGGCGGUAGGAGAGGGGGUUAUCACAAUAGAGACACCGCGAGAGGGGACCAGUAGUUCACCAGAUCGAGAGCUCCAAAGCCCUGAACAAAAAGCACAAACCAUAGCUGAGAGACUGAACCUGAAGGAAGAACAACUAGAAGAAGACCAAAUAGAGCCUACCAUUGAAGUAUCUCUGACUGACCAAGCUAAGGGUGAGGAAGUUGUCUCAAAGAAAAAAAAGAAGAAAAUGAAAAAGGACAAACACAAACCUACAAUGGAAACAGAGACAUCAGAAGGCGAGAUAUCAGUAUUAUCCCUUGAGUCCAACAUUGGUAUUGCUGAUCCUGUUGAUCACUCCAAGUGUAUAACCAGCGCUUAUAACCCUAUGGAGGAAUUAGAAUCGACAACAGAUACUGGUACCCAAAAGGACGAGUCAGGGUACACAACCAACCCUGAUAACUUUGGAGACUGUUUGAACUCUUCAGCUGACCCAAAAUGUCCAUUGGACUCGAAACAGUCCACAGCUGGGAAUUCAAACAAUGUCAAAGAGGAAGAUGCAAUCAAGGUCUCAGUUGAAGAGGAACAAACAAUCCUAGACACAAAGGAACAGGGGAAUAACUUUCACAGUCCCAUCGUCCUAAGACCAGAGCUCAAGAAGAGCGUGGAACCUGAAGACCUCAUCUUCCAUGAUGGUGUCGCUACUCACCCAGACCAGGCUAACGAAAAUGCAACACAAAACCUAAAAGAGGCAGGUCAGGAUAAACCAAAUGGGAGCCCAGAAGAGCGUACAAAUGCACUUGAACAUGAAGACACUUCAAUGGCAAUGCCAGCAAAUGUAGAGAAAUGCAACAAUUCAGCAGAUGAGAAAUGUUGCAGCAUAUCGCUUGACCGCAACUGCCCUGCUGCUGAGACCAUAAGACUGCCUGAACAAUUGGUGGAUCUACCUGGUUGUCCAGUCCCUGACAGGCACUUGUAUGAAAACAACAAGCCAGAAACACUUGGAGGCAUCUCUACAGAGACCGAGCUGAAUGAUACAGAAACACUUGAUGCAGAAGAGGCAUCAAAUGGAGGGAUCUCUACAGAGACCGAGCUGAAUGAUACAGAAACACUUGAUGCAGAAGAGGCAUCAAAUGGAGGGAUCUCUACAGAGACCGAACUGAAUGAUACAGAAACACUUGAUGCAGAAGAGGCAUCAAAUGGAGGGAUCUCUAUAGAGACCGAACUGAAUGAUACAGAAACACGACUACAGGACCCUGUAAAAGAAACUCCGGUGACAAUUGACUCUUUUAGGGAACAAAGCCACAAUGAAAGUGGACCAUGCACUAUGGUGGCCGACGCAGAAGAGCAAGAUGAUCCCAUUGAGGCCAAGCUGGAGGGUAACAAGGUACCUAGACCCAGUGAGCAGUGGAAUGACGAGGAGCAUGAAAAUGAGGGUCAAUCGUUUGACUUUUCUGACCUAGUUUCAGUGGUUCCUGCAAAUGUAUUCCCAAUAGCAUCCCAAGAGGUCAGCCAGGAAGUGAGAACGAUGUCGGUAGGAUACAAUUUAGAGGUAGAGCUUGGUAAAGAGAAGGGUAACCAGGAAGAGGAGGAUGACAAACUGCAGGACACAGAGGGAGUUAGCACGAUAGUGGCACAGCAAUCAAUUGAAGGGGGGUCAGAUAAUGCACCAGAGGAGCUCCGAAGCCCUGAAGAAAAAGCACAAACCAUAGUUGAGGGCCAGAACGUGAAUGGAGAACAACAACUAAUCACAUUAGAGGAGGGGGUUAGUGUAACAUACAAACAGAAAGACAUUGCAGAGGAGGGAGUGAGUGUGACUGAUGAACAGCAAGGUGUAGGAGAGAGCGAGAGGCAGCAGAAUGCAACUGAGGUAGAGGCUUUGCCAGUAGAGGAGGGGGAAGAGGCAAUCCAGUAUGGGUCACAGCAGGGUAGAAGAGAAAGUAGUCAAAGUGCAGAGGGCAUCAACGAGCAAUCUAGGACAGGCUUGAAAAAAGGCAGUAAGAAAGUAAAAGGCAAGGGAAAAGAGGACUGCCGAAUGUCCUAGUUUUUAGGCCUGCACUCAAUAUAAACAACAACAAAUAUGUAUGAAAGUGCAAAGAGUCUCAACUAAUACAGCCAAAGCAAGUACCAUUAAAAUUCCUUCCAAAGUUAUAAUUCGAUGUACUGUAUUUUGAGGUCAAAGUAUUUGUGACAUAUUUUUUGUUUUGGCUUUGUAUUCCAACACUUUGUAUUUGAAAUGAUACUAUGAGGUAAAGUGUAGCAUCCAUAUUAAUUUAAUUUGAGCGUACUUUUUGUUCAGCACUUUUUGUACAUGCUCUGGCCCCCCCCAUUUUAGGGAACCAAAGUAUUUGGACAAAUUAAUUUGUGUGUUGAAGUAAUCAAAAGUGUAGUAUUUGGGCCUAUAUUCCUAGUACUCAAUGACUACACUAAGCUUGUUUGAUGUAUUUGCAGUUUGUUUUGGUUGUUUCAGAUUAUGUUGUGCCCAAUACAUUAUUUAACAUUACAUUUCUAUUGUCACUUUUAUUUUAAAUAAGAAUAGAAUGUUUCUAAACACUUCUACAUUAAUGUGGAUGCUACCAUGAUUACGAAUAAUGGUGAAUAAUGAUGAGUGAGAAAGUUAGAGGCACAAGACCAUAACCCCAAAACAUGCUAAACAGGAGAGGUUGAGGGGGAUGAUGUGUAUGGCUCUAUAAUUUUCUCACUCAUCAGUAUUCAUGAUUAUCCAUAAUCAUUGUAGCAUCCACAUUAAGGUAGAAGUGUUUAGAAAUACUAUAUUCUUAUUUACAACAAAAGUGACUCCAAAAUGACACAAUACAUUAUUUACCAUACGUUUCUAUUGGGCAUAAGCUUGAUGUAGUCAUUGCUUGGAAUAUGGGACCAAAUACUAAACAUUUGACUUUAAUGCACAUAUGUGAAUUUGUCCAAAUACUUUUGGUUCCCUUAAAUGGGGGGACAAUGUACAAAAAGUGCAGUAAUUUCUAAACGGGUACCCCAAUUUGGAUGAAAAUACCCUCAAAUUAAAGCUGACUAUGAUAAACAUUAGACAUAUGAAAGCUAACACCAUACUAUGCCUUAUUAACAACAAAUAUGCCACUCUCCAAAUACUUUGACUUCACAGCAUGUGUGUAUUUUGGCAAAUUUUUAGGGAAGUUUGUCAUAAGGGGUGGGUAAUCUUACCACACAGGCUGUUUUUCCCCAAACAAGCAGUAACACACCUGAUUCAACUAAGGAAACCAUUAAUUUAAGACUAGUAGUAGUUACGUAGAAUCAAUCAAAUGUGUUACUACUUGCCUGGCCUUGGUAGGGUACAUUGCCCAUACUCUCGUAUAAAUCUGCAGCACCUAUAUACCUAUACUGUAAUUAUGUAAUAUUGAUUGAAUGAAUGACAGUAUGUUUUUCCUCAUUUAUUCAAGGCACAAUGUUUAUAUUGCAAUGCACGAUAUUCGUAUCGUCAUACCGUCCUUCUCUCAUCCUGUGAUUUAUGGAAUUACCGGCCUAGUACACAAGGGGGCGCCAAAAAACAACCCAUUGGCCAUCUAACCAGAAUGCUAACAGAAUUGGCACAAGCAAUAGUGAAUUUUCAUGGAGGCUGCUAGCUAAAUAUGUUAAUGAGCCCAAACGAAAAGAAAAAUUGCAAAGACAGGCAAUCCAGCUCAUAAAGGUAUACAUAUAUACGUAGGAGGUAUACGUAGGCGCUACCAAAUGUCAUUUUUGAUCAGUUUUGACAUUUACAAGCUAAAUGUGAAUGACAGACUUUGUGCAAAUUAAGUUUUGACGCAUGCUUGUCUGUGUGGAGUCGCUGGGGAAGGGGCCUGCCUGCUCAGACGGAACGUGAACGAAGAGGACAAAAAAACGCAAGGAAAUCAAGCAGAUAAUUCAUCCAAAGGGCUUUGAGUUCUCAAACACAGCAGAAAGCUAACACCAUACUAUAUGCCCUGUCACCUUAUUAAUUCAGCCACUUACUUAGAGAACUAACAAGUUAAAGUUAGGGGUCACGUUAAUGCAGAAUUCUGUUUUUAACGCAGGAAAAAAAUAUAAAACAUAUAUCUUGCUGAAUUUUGUAAACGCAGAUCUAAAAUGCUUAUUAAAAUUUCUGCUCAGCAUCAGA